UUUGUAAUUUUAUCGGAGGAUACUCAGAUCGGGAUCCAAACCCAUAUCUAUCCGGUGGAUGUCCAGGACCUCCAGCGGACAAGAAGAAAAUUCGAAUUACUAUCAUAGGUUUAAGUACAAGUAUUGGAUUACUACUUCUACUUAUUGGAAUAUGGUGGUUGUAUAAAUUGGUGAAGAGGAGAAAGAAACUCAUGCUCAAAUGAAAAAUCUUUAAAAAUCUGUUAUUGCAACAACAAUUGUCUUCGGGUGAUCAAGGUAAUGUUGAAAAAACCAAACUUUUUCCCUUAAAGGAGUUGGAAAAGGCGACUGACCACUUUAAUGAUAACCGAAUCCUUGGUCAAGGAGGGUAAGGUACUGUAUACAAAGGAAUGCUGAUUGAUGGUAGAAUUGUAGCAGUUAUAAAGUCCAAGACAGUGGAUGAAAGCAACCUUGGACAAUUUAUUAAUGAGGUUGUUAUUUUGUCACAAAUAAACCAUAGGAAUGUGGUUAAGCUGCAUGGGUGUUGUUUGGAGGCAGAAUUUCCCUUGCUGGUUUACGAAUAUAUCCAAAAUGGAACCCUUUACCAGUAUAUCCAUGAGCAAAACGAAGAGUUUCCACUUACCUGGGAUAUUCGUAUUCGAAUUGCUAUAGAAGUUUCGGGGGCUCUAACCUAUCUUCAUUCAGCAGCUUCCUUACCAAUUUAUCAUCGGGACAUCAAAUCCACAAACAUUUUGUUGGAUGACAAAUUCAGAGCAAAAGUGUCGGAUUUUGGGACUUCAAAAUCAAUUGCCAUUGAUCAAACUCAUAUGACCACACUAGUACAGGGAACCUUUGGAUACUUGGAUCCGGAAUACUUCCAAUCAAGCCAAUUUACAGAAAAAAGAGAUGUUUAUAGCUUUGGAGUAGUUCUUGUUGAGCUCUUAACUGGACAAAAACCAAUCUUAUCAACUAGAUCUGUAGAACGAAGUUUGGCAGCAUAUUUCAAAUUGAUGAUGAAAGAGAACUGUUUAUUUGACAUUCUUGAUGCUCGAGUUUCCAAAGCGAGUGGGAAAGAAGAGAUCACGCGAGUCGCAAACCUUGCAAAAAGAUGCUUAAACUCAAGUGGGAGAAAAAGGCCUACAAUGAAAGAAGUUACAAUUGAAUUGGAAGGGAUUAGAACGUUGCAUGGAGUAUCUACUAUUCAACCAAAUUAUGAAGAAGAUGAAUGUGUAGUAAAUGAACUCACAAUGUGUUGGGAUGUUGCUUCAACUUUGACACGGUCUCAUUUGGGUAGUAGUGUAUUGCCAUCACAGGAUGCCCAUCCGUUGUUAUUUAACUAAUCAUGAAAGGGGUAUUUUUUUUUUUUUUUGAAUAAGUUGUGUAUUGAUCAUCACCCUUAUAUUUCCUAUUUUUUUUUGUUUAAGAAAUUGUGAUAUGUGUCUGUAACAAACUUUGAAUUUUAUGCAACACUAUAGUUGGUUCCAUUAUACGAAGCCAUCUGAGUCAUUAGGAUUUAGAGCUCACUUUUAUCGUUCAUCCAUACGUUCUUCAAACCACGAACAAUUAAAUAAAUACUUGUACGUGUGUUCUGAAAAAUUGGAUACUAAUAGCCCUUUUGGAUUGUUUUAUUUCCGGAAUCUACAAUUACCGGGCUGGAUAUUAUUGGCUAGCAAUAGGUAGUUUUCUGUUUGCAUGUAGUGGAGUUGUAGUUCUCAAAUCACAAUACUAUUUAAAUGUGAAUUUAAUUUCCUCACCUUCUAACGUGGAGGCAAUAGUUCUGUUCAGGGGGCAUUGUUAAGAAAAAAAAAAAAAAAAAAAGAAAAAUAAUUUAAAGAAAUAGAAGGAAAAGAAAAAUAA